CUGUUGUGAAGAGGCUGCAGGUACCUUGAGAGGCUGUGUCAGCACCACGGAUCCUGCUGUGUAGUUGAUGCUGGUCUUGAAUUCACUACAUAGGCCAGGCUGGCCUCCAACUUACUGCAAUCCUCCUGCCUCAGCCUCCCCAGUGCUGGUACCCCAUAUUAGAUUGUCCUGGUUUUAAGGAGUUAACACUGCAAUGCAGAUGCUCAUAGCUCUGUAAAUCAUUUGGAAGUAUGGUUAGAGCAGGCUAAGGGAGAAAAGGAUGUAACCCUGGAAGCAAAGGAGCCCCUCUCCUCUCCCAUGCUCUGAGCAGUCUGGGGAUGACAGGACAAAAUAGAAGAAAAAAAUGGAAAAUGUGCUCUUUUGGAUGGUAAUUUUCCUGCCUGGAUGGAUUCUCAUUGACGGAUCUGAAAUGGAACCGGAUUUUAUGUGGCACCCAAGAAAAGUUCCCCAGGUGGUGAGUGAAAGCACUUUCCACCUCGCCAGUCCCUGGUUUGAGGGAGAUGCCAAGUUGGUGACAAACAGAAUGUGUGGCAUCGAAUGUCAGAGAGAACAGCCUGCUCCCAGCCUUUCUGAGUUGGAGGAUUCUCUCUCAUACGAGACGGUCUUUGAGAAUGGCACCCGAACCCUAACCAGGGUGAAAGUUCAAGGUUUGGUGCCGGAGCCCACUCCGAACAGCACCACGACAGCAGCGCCCAUCAGGAGGAGGAGACAGGUGUACGGCACGGACAGCAGGUUCAGCAUCCUGGACACCAGGUUCUUGACCAGCUUCCCCUUCAACACAGCCGUGAAGCUCUCCACCGGCUGCAGCGGGGUCCUCGUUUCCCCUACUCACGUCCUGACAGCUGCCCACUGUGUCCACGAUGGCAAGGACUAUGUCAAAGGGAGUAAAAAGCUCAGGGUAGGGCUGCUGAAGAUUAGAAAUAAAGGCAGUGGGAAAAAGCGCAGAGGUUCUAAGAGGAACAAGAGGGAAGUUAAGGGUGGCGAUGGAAGAGAAGGCACCAAAGGGAGGAGACUGCAGGAGAGAGCUCGGGGUGCAAGACAGAGAAAACCUGGCGGCGGUCAGAGAGGAGCAGAAGGGAGGCCCUCCUUCCAGUGGACCCGGGUCAAAAGCAUCCACAUUCCCAAAGGCUGGGCAAGAGGAGGCAGUGGAGACCCCGCCCUGGACUACGACUAUGCGCUCCUGGAGCUCAGGCGCAUGCACAAGAAGGCCUACAUGGAGCUGGGGGUCAGCCCGGCCGUCGGGAAGGUGCCCGGCGCGAUGAUCCACUUCUCCGGCUUCGACGACGACAGGGCUGAUCAGCUGGUCUACCGGUUCUGCAGCGUGUCCGACGAGUCCAGAGAGCUCCUCUACCAGUACUGCGAUGCCGAGUCGGGCUCCACCGGCUCUGGGGUCUAUCUGCGUCUGAAGGAGCCGGACAAGAAGAAGUGGAAGCGCAGAAUCGUGGCGGUCUUCUCGGGCCACCAGUGGGUGGACGUGCAGGGCGCGCAGAAGGACUACAACGUGGCCGUGCGCAUCACCCCGCUCAAGUACGCGCAGAUCUGCCUCUGGGUGCGCGGGGAUGCUGCUGCCUGUGCCUACGGCUAAGAGGGAGGGCAAGGUGCACAGAUCUAGACUGCAGGGGAGAGAAGGCCUGCUCUGGUCAUUAAGGCAGUGGCCUCAGAGGCUGUGCCUGAACUUGGGCCUGUCAAUGGCCUUUCAACAUUUUUACAAAUCUAUUUUUUCAAAGUUAGGAUAUUUUCACACAUUUUAAUAUGUCUAGGUUCAGAUACCGAAAUGUUAGGUGGACACUUCAAUGCCACGGAUAUAUUCUAUACAGUGAUAUUUUAUUUGCAAGAAGAUUUUUGUAGCCUUUUGUCGUCCUAGAAAUUAGACAUUUUUUAAAGCUUCAUACUGCUACCAUAAUACGUGAUUUGUUAGCGGACUUACUCUAAGAGGAAUCUAAGAAGGUGUUAGUUGUGCGUAAAAUGUGACACUGCAUAUACAAAAAUUAAUAAUGCAACUAGAAUCAGGAUAGAGAGGGAGAUUUACAGUUUGCAUUUCUCUCAGAUCCAGUCAGUUCAUGCCCUCAGUGUUUAAUUUUGUUUGGUCUGAGAAAUUUAGGCUUUUAAUUUUCUUUAAAGAGCUACGCAUCAGAAUUAAUGGAAAACUUUAGAAACCAAAAUAUUAAGUACUGCUUUAAAAAAGAGAAGUUGCAGCAUCUGUUUAAAAUGGGAUACUUUGUUCUAUGAAAGAAAUUAGCUUAGAACUAGGUGAGCUUUUAAUGUCUCAAGCUUUUAUUUAAAACUCAAAGUAUGAAUUUUCCAUGUAUAUGUAAGGAAGAUAUUUCACAAAAGAUUAUCUAUUGAUAACCACAUCAUAUUUUAUAUAUACAUAUAUAUUAUUGUGCAUGAGGUGCUAUAUUUUUAAGGCAAGGAAUUCUGUAAUUUUUUUUGUCAAAGCAGAGCUUGUGCCCUGUUAACCAAGUUCACUGUUUUCUUUCUUCCUUCCAACCUUCCCUCUCCCCUCGCUCCCUCCUUUCUGUCUGUUUUUCUGUCUGUGCUGGGGAUCGAAUCCGGGGCCUCUGACAGGCCGGCAAACCACUGAGUUACACCCCCAGCUCCAAAUGAAACUUUCUUAACAGGACCAUUGGUAUAAUUUUUUGAUGAAUUUUCUGAUUAGUAACUUUAAAUGUAUCCUUUACUAAAUAAUAUAUAAUUUACCAAUAGGAAUUUUUAAGACAGUAUCUCACUAUGCAAUGUAUGCUGGCCUUGAACUCACUAUGUCGCCCAAGAUGUCUUCCAAUUUGUCAGAAUCUUCCUGGCUCAGCCUCCUAAGUGAUGGCAUUAAAGAUGUGCACACCAUGGCCAGCUACACGUAGAACUUUUAAGAGAAAGUUCUGGUUGUCUUCAUUAGAUACCAGAGCUGCUUGUGGCUUAAGCGGGAAGAGGUCAGUAGCUGUCCUGGGGCAAAAUCCAGGAUGGGCAUCAACGUGUAUUUCUUGAAUUCAGCAAAUAUUUGCUGAUUAACUAUAAAAGGAAGUUAGCUCAGGUAUUAUGCUUAAAGCAUUUUAUUUGCCUGUAAUCUAAAAUACUCUAAAACUCAGAAAUUACAAACUUGAUUUUUGGUCUGCUCUUCCUGGCCACAUCCCCUUUUCUCAAAACAUAUCCAACUCUGAUUUUUGCCAGGGUACACAUUUAUUUUAAUGAUUAUUUUUAGAUAUAUCCUAAGAUGAGAGAGUAUACCCUUGAUUAGUAUGUAAAGGAGUAUUUUAUUAGAUUAUCUUAAAUGAUUUUGUAAGCAGUAACCAAAAUAGCUGAAAUUGAAUAUAAAGCAUAUUCUUUUGUAACUGAGUUUAAGAUAAUUCAAUAAAAAUUCUUAAAUCAGUUAUAA